AUGGACGGGAGGAAGCAGGGCCGCCCGGACGAGGAGCUCUUCCUGCGAUACGACAACAACCCUGACACGCCCACUAUUCCCACAGUCGGUCCCCUGAGGAUACAAAAGGGUCGCGAUGGGAAGAGCCCGCCUCCGCGAACAGACUCGGCCGGCAGCUCGAGCCAGCCCGCCUUCUCGCGCCCUCCACCGAUGCCCUCGUUUCCCGCGCCGCCUACCAGUCCGCCGAACGCGCCUCUUCCCUACCCCGACACGGACCGGCCGCCAAAUGUGCAACCCACCCUAGGCACAGGCAGAUAUACUCCACUCGGCGAGAGGGAACGGCGGGCAAAGAAUGCCACCCCCCCUGAGAGCGCAGACGGAAGGAGGCGGGGUUCAAGUGCGACAGGACCGAGUCCCACCUCGCCCAGCCAGCGCGCUCGCUUCGACGCCAACGACCCAAACCGACCGACGAUAAGUGGCUAUGGCGCAAGGAAUCCAGAUGGUUCAAUCCAGCCUUCAAGGCUGGCGGAGCGAAGGGGAACAGCUCCAAAGCCACUCCCAGACUCGCCCGGCCCAGACACUCCUGAUAAAGAGGGCCUGUUCCAGAAGGCGCCGCAGAGGAAGGAUAGUGAAGAUGUGGGCGUGAACAACCCAUACCCCGACUAUCACCAGCAGUACUUCCCUCCGCCCGCUGCAGGUCCCAGCGCGGCCCCAGCUGCUCCCGUCGUCCCAGUCGUAUAUACAGGUCCCAACCAGAAUGAGCCGGUACUCAAGGUGCCUACGCCCAUGGACGUCAAUCGCAUGAGCUCCACCGCUUCAACGUCAACAGUGAGAGCACAAAGAGGCUCCCCGCCGCCUCCUGAGACGCCCAUCAUUCCUCCUUCUGGUGGUGGCAUAGAAGCGCGCUUUGCCGCAGCUGGCAUUGCAGGAACCUCUACACUCACCAAUCUACAAGCGCAAAGUGCUCAAAAUGCGGCAGCUGCUCAGCGCAACCAGAUCUAUGCCAACCAGCCGCCUAGACCGGGUCUCUCAACACCACAACCGAGCCAGCAACAACCAGCCAGGAGACCAUGGACACCAACCGAGCAACCCGGAGGCAAUCCACAUGGCCCACCAGCGGUAUACCAAGGUAUGGAUCAAGUGCCUCCUUCGAGUACCCCUCCACAAGGUCCUCUUCCACAGGCACCAAACACUCGGUUUUCGCCUCCGCCUACAAAUGUUCCGCAUACGAACGUACCUCCGGAGCACCCUCUCAACCAUGAGAUGGGACGGAUGAACCUGAACGAGGAGCCACCACCAGCAUACUCGAGUAUAACAACUCCACCAACAGGACAGGCCGGUAGCUAUCCCAACGAAAAGGGACAGCAGCCGGCUGCUCAAGGCGUCAGUUUCUCUGACCCGAAUCAGGGUCAUCCUGCAUUUGCGAAUGAUGUGCGCCCGCAAGCUGGUCCCUCGCAGCCUGCUACGGUGGUCGCACCAACGCCUACGCAAAACCAGUUUCCUCCUCAAAUUCAAACCGCCCAACCUGCUCACACACCAAGUCCGGCUCCGGGACCAGGCCCCGGGCCUGCCUCACCUCCACCGCUUCCUGAGGGCUGGAUAGCACAUCUAGACCCUAGCUCUGGCCAGUAUUACUACAUCCAUUUGCCCACACAGUCUACACAAUGGGAAUUCCCCAAGGGCCCGACGCCCCUAAAUUUGAACGAGCCCAUGUCUCCAACAGGUACAUUCGUGGGCGGUCCUCUGGCAUCCCCGUCUUUUGGCAAGGCUCCUAUCGCAUCGCCUGGCUUUGCUCCACAGACUGCUACUUUCCCUGGAGACUUUGGCAUGGCUCCGCUUGCGACUCCAACUACUACCGGCUUCACUGGGCCACCCCCAGUCGCUGGCGUGGAUCAAUACAAGGUCGCUCCUACUAAUGGCGUUUACUUUGGACCGUACCUCAGAUACACCAACAUGGACAUUGAACGGGGUCUGUGGCUGGGUUCAAUCCUGCUUAUCACAAAUACACCUCAUCCGCCUACAAUUCACAUUCAUCAGAGCGCGGAUUUGUCGCCGAAUCCGCGACAGCUCAAGGCCAAUCCCAUCUACACGCACCAGACAUGGAUCUUUUACCGAUACGACAUCGAUCUGAGGAUGGAAGAGGAACACGCCGCGAAAUGGACUUACGCCAUUACCUCGCACCUGGGCUGCACUCGCUUUGAGUUCUUGGUAGCAGGACGACAUGAGACAAGCUGGCGGUUUAUCGCUCACUCCGGCAACGAUUUUGCAUUGAACGUCAACGCUAACGAGCGAGCCAAGCUUGGCGGCGUGGGUCUGAUGUGGAAGGAUAUUCUGCAGAAGAACGCCGAGUGUGGUGGCUUUCACGUACAGCUAGGACUGGGUGGUCAGAUUUAUGCUGACCGGCUAUGGAAAGAGCUUCCUUUGUUGAAGCAAUGGACAGCAACAAGUGGCAAAGAGAUCCGAAAGAACGCGCCAUGGACUGCAAAGCAUGAAGAGGACGUCUGCCACGCAUACUUCCACUACUACACAAGUCAUUUUGAUCAGCCGCACCUGCGAGAGGCAUUUGCACAAAUACCUCACAUCCUUGCUCUGGAUGAUCAUGACAUUUUCGACGGCUUUGGAUCGUAUCCUGAAUACAUGCAGUUCUCGAACAUGUUCAAGAACAUCGGAAGAUUGGGUAUCGAGAUGUAUCUGCUCUUCCAGCACCAUACGACACUGGAAAUCCUGCGGAAUGUCAACAACGACAUGGACCUUUUCACCAUUACGGGUACAGGCUGGCACUUUAUCAAGUACUUGGGUCCCUGCGUUACAGUUGUUGGUCCGGAUUGUCGCUCUGAGCGCAACCCGCAUCAAGUGAUGGCAGGGCCGACAUAUCAAGGUAUUUUCCCUAAAGUUGCGACACUGCCGCCGAGUGUACAACAUUGCAUUUGGAUGGUCCCUGUUCCUAUCGUGUACCCUCGCCUGGAGUCUGUUGAGCAUCUCGCUCACUCAAUGGCUACUGGCAAGAAAGCCGUCACUGGUACCUUCAAUAUGCUUGGAAAGGUGACAGCUGGCGUCGCUGGUGUCGUCGGUGCUAAGAGUGUCGUUGGCGAUGGCUUUAAUUCCGUCAAGAAAGCUAUCGGCAAGUCCGGCUUGAUGAGCGGAGUCUUGAGUCCUUUCGGAGAGAUUGACCUGCUUGACGAGCUAAGAGAUCAGUGGACGCACGAUUCAAAGGACCUUGAGCGAACGUACUUGAUCCGAACACUCCAAGGCAUCGCACACAACAAGUCGUUACGGAUGACAUUCUUCUCCGGUGCGGUCGACUGUUGCGGUGCAGGCCUUGUCCAUGACCCGUCGAGACCUCAAGAUCACAAGACAAUGUACCAAAUUAUUUCAUCGUCAGUGGUGAACGGGCCGCCCGGUAACUAUGUACUGCGACUUCUCCAUAACAAUCGAGCCCUAUACGUACCGCAGAACGGACACCGCAGCAACAACCAACCUAGCGACACGAAAGAAGACAUGAUGGAGAUUUUCACACAAGACGUCAAUGGCCAGCCACGAGAGUACAAGAGACUGAUGGGUCGAAGAAAUUACGUUGCAUGUGUCAUUUACGAUCCCGAGAUUGUUAACGGCACGUUUGGUCAGGCGGUUCCUGGACAUGGAAGUGGCAAGCUGAGUCUGGCGGUCGACUUCAUGGUGCAGAACGACGGUGGAUAUAAUGCGCCCAUGAAGUAUGGACCAGUCAUUUGGCCAAGAACAUCACCACAAUACGCAAGCGGUUAUGCAUCUGCUCUGGAUUUUCGGCGCAACUUCAGCGCAACUGCACGGCAGUCCAAGGACCAUCAUUUCGACACGCUCAAGUUUGUACAGCGAUUGAAAGAGGAGGGCUUCACAGAAGAGCAAGCCGAGGGCAUGAUGAGGGUUCUUAGCGAUGUGAUUGAGGAGAGCAUACAAAAUCUCACGCGCACCAUGGUCCUUCGUGAAGACCAAGAGAAGGCCACCUACACGCAGAAAGUCGACUUUGCCAAACUCCGCUCCGAACUUAUGACAGCAGACUCGACCGAAUCUAGCCUGACGCGUGCAUCGCAUGAGCGCCUAACGAACGAGCUCGCAAAGCUGAACUCGCGCUUACGGGACGAGAUACAACGGACACAGGCAUCAGUGAGGCUAGAUUUGAACUUGGAGAAGGGGCGCAUUAGGGAGGAGGCGAACGUCCAGGAACUCAAGCUCAAGGAGACGGAUACGAGGAUUGAGCAGGAGACAGCGCAGCUAAGGGAGAGACUAGAGGCUGUCAAGUUCUCAACGCUGCAGUGGCUCAUGGGAGUCUGCACCGGUACUGCGGCGUUGAUGUUGGGAGUGUGGCGGUUGUUAAUGUGA